AAAAGAAGGUACUGAAUAAAGCAACAUGUCCAUUUGACUGAAUUGGACUAAACGAGGUGGGCGAAAUUUAGUAGUCGCAGGGAGCGAGGGGCAAUUACAAAAAGCUAAGCACUUAAAUGCUCUUCACAAAACUCAUGUGUCGUCGUUUUGUUUUUCUUUCUGCACCAUAAAGUUGUUAUAUACUUUUUUAACUUUUUUCUAGAUACGUACUAGUCACUACUAUACGUAUUUUACUUCAAAAUACAAGUCCUCUCCCGGGCGAAUACAGUAUCUGGAUCGUCGAAAUACAUAAGGUUUGGUAUUUUUGUGGUGGCUUCCGAUUAAGGCAUAUUCCUUCAGUGUACGUUUCCCUCUUCAGUCAUCACACACCAUGCUUGAAAGCAUCUUAUCAAAGAUCCUCUAACCUUUUUCUUUUUUCUUCUUUCCGUUUUCUAUAUAUAUAUUCUACACUAUUUCUCACCACCCUGCAUCCAAAUCCUUAUCUAUAUAUAUUUAAUAAUCAAUAAUCGCACGAUAGACAGAUCCUCAGAACUGGAGAUCCCGUGAAUCAAUCAAUUCACUCCUCCACGUAACAUCAAUCAAUCGCCUCCUUCGCACUUCAGUUCUUCAUUUUGGCGCCAAAACCAUGAAGCUCGACAACUCCAACGGCCAGCCGCCCCUCGCUCCCGCCCUUCCGCCGCCGCAGGAGGACCCCACCGACGCCGAAGCCGAUGGGAUAUUCGUCCCGCCCCUCAACUUCGCCAUGGUCGACAACGGCAUUUUUCGAUGUUUGUGUCCUGAACCGUAUCCAGAAACGACGUCGGAAUUUUUGAAGGACAACGGAAUAAGACUUUAUCAGUUCGGGAUCGAUGGCUGUAAGGAACCCUUUGUCAACAUCCCAAACAAUACAAUUCGGGAAGCUUUGAAAGUAGCCCUCGAUGUUAAAAAUCAUCCCCUUUUGAUUCAUUGUAAACGAGGAAAGGUAUGCAUUAUGAAUUUGUUCUUAAGAAUUUAUUUUCGUUACUUUUUGGAAUUAUUAUUCUUCAAUUUCUCAGUUAUUCAUGAUCAGCACCGCACUGGUUGCCUUGUCGGAUGCAUAAGAAGAUUGCAGAGAUGGUGUCUAUCAUCUGUUUUUGAUGAGUACCAAAGGUUUGCAGGUGCCAAAGCAAGGGUGUCAGACCAGAGGUUCAUCGAAUUAUUUGAUAUAUCCUGUUUGAAGCACCACCAACUGCCAUUUUCAUGCUCAAGGAAAUAGAAACGAAGGAUUGUCUAUUCUAGAAAGUUACUGCUUCCUCCCAUGGUAUAUUCCAUGAUGAAGUGAAGUUUAAUCACUAUUAGUUUCUGUCCCCACCGUAUGUUACAGCAGGAUCAGCUUCCUGAUGUAUACUUUCCCAUUAGAUGUUGGAUACAAAUCCACGAAAUUAUGAUGAAAUAUCCAAAAUCUACGGUUUUCA